GCCUCAUGGGAAAUCUAUUCUAUAGGCAUCAUGGGAUUGCCAAUUUAACUAACGUCGCGGACGAGAAAUAGCGGUCCCGCGCGGUAGUUCGAGAUCUACUGCAGCGCUAAUUACAUUUUCCAGAGGUCAGAGUUCACUGGUUACCGAGCAUAAUGCAGUGUGACAUGGGAAAUGGGGCUUGUACGUCCCUUCCGUGUGCGCUUCUUCCCAAACCGUCGAGUCUCCGGGCAAGGACGUCCUUGCCUAUAACGAAAUCCGCCACACAGCCGAAAGUUGGCAAUACAAGAAUGUGCGAUGUUGACAAUGACAAACCGUUUGUAUGCUCCUCCCAUGGAUGCGGAAUGCGUUUUACAAAUGAGGACCACUUGAAUGUUCACAUGAAGAAGCAUGAGAUGUCAUUGGCCUUGAAUUUGGGGGGUCACAACAGUUCACCUGGUCAUCACUUUCUUGAUCAGACCCCAACUCCCACCAAGUUUUUGAAAAACUGUGAAGAGAUUGGGCUGUUCCAGGAGUUGAGUAAAAAUCCAUUUGAAGAGGCCUUCAAAAAAGCUUCAGAUUCUGAGGUUGUUCCUUUACCAGGGCCACAUACUAAUGAGCUUAACACACCUAUCCCUCCUUCUCUUCAUGACAAGACCCCUGGUGGGUUUCUUCUUCAUGAUGUUCAAUCUCCGACAUCGACAUCCACACCUCUUAUGAAACCAGAGGCAAUUUUGAUUGCUAGCGAUCAGCUUGCCCUUAACUUAUCAGGUCGAAAGUCCAGUGAAAAGUCAGUCAUCAUGCAACCUUCAUCCACGACAGGCGAGGAUGAAGAAGUCAGGGUCAUCAGUAUGGCCGACAGUACACAGUCCCCAUCAAAAACUGUCCCAUCUGCCAGUCCGUUGGUGAAGGAGGUCAUUGUUACCCAAGCUGUCUCGUCAUCACUGUCUGGAACAGUCACCACUCCCACCCAAGUCAUUCUUGCAUCAUUGCCACCUGCAACGGAAGCGUGCUUAGCAGGCCAGCCUGUUCUCACAACUUCCUCACCUAUUCAGCCACAGGUUUCCCAGCAACCCAUAGUGGCAGCAGUUUCACCUUCGCAACAGGCCUGCACCAUGCAGGUCUACCUACAAUUGCCAACUGGACAGACAGUGCCAGUUCACAUUCCAGCCACAAUCAGUGCAGUCCUUCCAACUGGGUCAUCAGAGCAUGCUUCAGGCCAGCAGCCUCAACAAUUACCUAAGCAACAACAGCCUCAACCUGCUAAGGUGGCAAUUAGGCAGAAUAACACUAAUUCAGCUCCUGUGACCUCUACAUCCACCAUGGCAUUAAAACAGAGAUUGAAACAGACCCUUCAGGCUGCACAGCAGCAACAACAGCAGCAGCAGCAGCAGCAGGGUGUUGUGAGUUCUUCAUCUGGACGAUCAGACUCAGGGAUCUCAGUGGCAAGAGUGCAGCCACAGGCAUCACCAGUGACCGUGACUUUAGACUCUCCUAAAGUAGAAGUUCUAAUGUCUGAUUUCGAAAUUCCCAGCAAAAGGUAUAAAGGUGGAGGCAGUGAAAGUGAUGACCCAGAUGAACGGAGAAGAAAAUUUCUAGAAAGGAAUAGGGCUGCAGCAGCUCGUUGCAGACAGAAACGGAAGCACUGGAUAACCAAUUUAGAGAAAAAAGCAGAGGAGCUCCAACAGACAAACAGUAGACUGCAGAGUGAGGUGAGCCUGCUAAAGGCAGAGGUUGCUGAGCUGAAGACACUGCUACUGGCACACCAAGAUUGUCCCAUCACCUUGCAGCAGAAGUCACAGGGACAGCUGGCCCUUCACACAAACAUUUUCCAGGCUCAUCUGGUUGUGGACUGCUAACCCUUAUGAUGUCUCCAUGGUUGAGUCUGCAUCAACACUACCAUUUGAUGUGACACAGUUAGUAGGACCAGGCAGUGUAGGUCCAGUAACAGUUGAAGUUAACAGAUCACUGUGCCCUCCUUAGUGCUGAAGACUCUUAUCAUCACAACAACACAUCCUUUCAUGAAGCCGAGUGAUAAAAGCAUUCAGAUCAGAGCUGCAAACCUGUGUUGUGUGAGUGUGAGGGAGAGUAGAAAAUUUUAUCUCUGCAGACGUAUGGCUGUCUGUGCAGUGUGCAUCCAUUUCCUUCAAAGUUUAUCAUGACAUCAGCCAUCAGCCAAGGUUGUGUAAAUGGGUGAUCUGAAUUCCUGCUGGAGCACCUGCUGUGUAACUAGCUAACAAGCGAAGGACGUUUGUGUGCUGCGGAAGACUCUGUGGAUCAUUUCGUUGAUUACGUCCAAUGAGCGACUGUAAAUGCAUCAGUGCCUGUGUCACACUUGAGAAGCUACUGCCCACACUAUGUGCUGUGACCGAAGUAUCGGCAUCUUGCACAUCUUUGUAUAAUGAGACAAAGCUGUGCUGAUGUUGUGGUCUUUCACAUAUUUUCCAUGAGUGGCUGCAAUGGUGUGUGCAUUCAGCUUGUGAAGCAUGCUGUCGGCAACUGCAGCAGUUGAUGGACCGUCCUGCUUCCUUCACUGUGUCGGUGCUGUUGACAUUCAGGGGAAAGCAGUUUGUGGGAUAUAAGGUAGCUGGAUUUUUGACUUAAAUAAAUUCUUUUUUCCCUUCUUUCCCUGCUGAUUUUCUCUUUGGUAUGCAGCGCCGAGAGAUCAGUACUAAGGCACCCAUGAUAAGGCUGUCUUCAUGCUUUGUGCUUCUCUAUACGCACAAAUGCUGAAUCAGGUUUUUCUGAAAAAAAAUAUUAAUACAUCUAAGAAUUCAAUUGUUUAAAAGAGGUGACAAAGUGUUAAGAAGAAAGUGAGCAAACCAGGUUAGGAACAUUGGUUGUAGGAAAAGAUGUUAUGAAAGUACUUUGUGUAAGUGUGUGUGAGAGAGAGAGCAUUUGUAAUGUUAAGACUUCAGACUGAAGAUACAAAUCUGAUUAUUUUGACAGAAUUCCAAGAAAACAUUAUGGAUGUAAUUAUUUCUUUUAUCUGAUAAAAAUGGGAAUGAUGCAUUGUUGGAAAUCUUUCUCUCUCAUUCUUAAUGAAAGUGCAUUAUUUCCAUUAAUACCAGCUUAAGCAGGUAAACAAAAUUGCUUACUCUUAAGAGCACAGAAUGUCUAGUCACAUUCUUUUGUCUUCAGAAUUUUACUUUGUACUUGGUGCUUGAUUUUGGUGUUCUCAGACUAUUUCCAAUAAUUUCUUCCCCAAUUAUAAACCUGAUUUGCAUCCAUACCAAAGUUUGUUAAUCUUUGGUCACUUUUGUGCAUUGUGAACUAUAUUUUCAAGUGUGUGAUCUGUUGCACCAGUGUUUGUCAGAGCAAAACAUUUUGGUUGCAGUUUUUGAAGUUUAGUGUGCAUGCAUGCUAUUUUUUUAGCAUUAUCUUUUGUCCUAUGUCUUCCUGUUAGGAUUGAAUAGCUCCUGUCCCAAGGAGGAUGCCUUGACACAAUCCAGUGCAACAUAGCUAUGCAUAAGCAUCAUUAUAAUUCUUUUUUUAUUCUUUUAAUUUUUUUAUUUUUUUUAGUCUACUGGUAUGUUAACUGUGAUAUGGAGAACUUCACAUUUUCAUCUUCAUCAUGAAAGCACAGAAAGUUGAACCAGAGAGAGACAAUGGGAAAUGAACUUAUCUGAAGUGAACCCAUCUUACUAGAAAGGAUAUAACAUUAAUUGGCAGUGCAUCAUGCUUGUGUACAAACUACCGUUGCACAUCUUUUGCUGUAUAUUUGAAGAUUUCUUAUUGAACAUGAAUGGCCUUACAUUUUCUUGUUCUUAAGAUCUUUCCUGCACUGCAGAAGUAAUUGAGAAACUGUCAAAAUUAGGCUUGACAACAAAAAUAUGGCUUAUAAUUUUUACUGCUGCACAGAUGCUACAUUUGUCUUCAGACAUGUUGGGAGUCAUUUAACAUUGUGUAUAUUGCUACAUUCAAUGCAGUGUUCGGUAUUUUUCUUUUUCCAGCCUUACAACCCAAUUUUAGCACAAUUCUGAGUUGUUUACAAGAGGUCACCUGCUCAGACAAGCCUCUGAUCUUAAGGUGCACAAUCACUGUGGGUUAUCAGUCUUUAGAACAGCCUUCCUGAGGUAAUGUUCCAAACCCCACCUUUGACCACACUUGCUGUGAAUGUCACAAUAUCUGGUCAGAAAAGUAAAAUGAAAGGAAGAUAGUAGAAAAAUUGAUGUUAAACAUCAUAUAAAAUCAACAAAGAUCAAAAUGAUAUAUCAAAAUAUGCAAAUGAUAACUUGUAAAUACAAGUUACAUGAUGGAAUAAUAUUUACAAAAGAGAUGUUAUGAAGUGCACACUUAAAUGCUUCCAGUGACUAAAAUCUUUUCUGAGUUUUGACAAUAGAGCCUUACCUACUUCCUGCAACCCAUCCCAGUUAUUUUUUAAAUCCCUGCAUUUUGCCAGAAAUUUUUUCAGCAGAAUGGCUUUGUCCCAAAAACAAAAGCAGACCUAAACAGUAAAAUGUGUUAUUCUUGCACAGCAGUGGAUGGAUAUUGACGGUGGCAUCUUGCCAGAGGCCAGAGUCUGCUCAGUAAAGACAGUGAAUCAGUUCCACAGUUGGGAUACCAGAAGGGGAUAGUAGUAGGUAUGGAGCUUUUGGUUUUUUUUUAAAAUGUCUAGUGUUUGAAUCCUUUAAUUGUUUGUUCAAAGACUAACAAUAGCAACAGGGGAGUCAAUGAGUUCAAGCUUUAGCUUCACAAGAGCACACAGCACACUACUUUUCUUGAUUUCCCUAAAUAGGGUUGGGGGGAGAUAUACGUAUCAAGUGCAAUGAGUUCUCAGUGGACUGGGUAAAUGCAUAUUGCAUGUAUGUAAACAUAGUGCCACUGCACAUUUUACAUUGUCAUAUUUUAAAGCUAUUAAUAUGUCCUUGUAGAAAUUUGUGAUUGAUGGAUGGUGGCAGUCCUAUUAGUGGGAAACUUUGCGUGUUAGCAAAUUUUUAAAAUAUGUGGUUAAAUUCUAUUCCAAUGCAAAAUUAUUUUUGUGUUAUUAGGCAUAGUUUAUUACAAAAUAUCAUGCUUACAACCCACAGCAUGAGAAAAUUACUCAAAUUUUGUGUAUGGGGUACAAACUUUUGAAUAUCAGUCUCACUGGUAGGGGUUUGUUUUUUUUUUGGUUUUUUUUUUUUUUUAGGGGGAUGGGAGGAGAUCCAAAUCUGUUCUUGUGACAUUAUUAAAAUAUACCACCCCUAUGGCAAUGUUUUAUUUCCUUGUUUGAAUAGCUCUACUCCAGCUGUAGCCUUUUGUGGUUAUCAGUAAUAAGUUUGAAUUUAGGUCAACCCAUUUGCUUUACAAAAGAUGAUGUAUUUUUUUUUUUUUUGACAAACUAAUGGCUCAGUAAAUUAUAUUAACCUAUUAUUUAUCUUACCCCUCGCUGCCAUCACAUACAAAAUGUGCACAUAUAAUAAAGUAUUUCAGGGCUUACAGCAUUUGUAAUGUGUAAUUGCCAGUCUGAGUAUUAUGCAAACCCAGCCCUGUCAUGAUUCCUUUUCUGAGUAUCUUAUGCUCUUAUCAAACAAGAUAUGUCUAGCUAGGAAGCAUCAUUUCAUUACGUAACUUUAUCUUUCUCAUUUACUAAUUCUUGAGAUCAGAAGGGACUGUAGAGCCAAAUGAAGAUAGUUUGCAUUUUACCUCUGAGCUUUUACGACAUUUUCUUAUGAGAAAUGCAUGUGUGUGUGUGUGAGAGAGAGCAAAUGUUCCUGUGUGUGUUGGCAAAACAUGCAUGGUCCCAUUUCUGUGGUUCUAGAAGUAGCAGUUUUAAGGUUUUGUCUCCCUCUCUUUUAUCCAUUCUGGUGACUAGGAUAAGAUUCUUAAUAGGGUUGGAUGGGGUAUUGGCAGAAGCUUUUUUGUUUUUGCACAUUUAUAUUUUUGCAAGUAUGAAUAGAAUAGUACCAUUAACAACAGAAAACUCAUGUGAUAGUGCUGCUUGACAAAGCAUUUUUCCGUUGUUUCUUUUAGUAUAUUAAUGGUCUAACCAUAACAGACUUUUUUGCAUGCAUAAAGAAUUAAGAUUAUUGUGGCCCUAUGCUCCAUUGGGGGCAAAAAGGAACAAGAAGAAGAAAGAAUUAAGAUUAAUUACAUUGCCGCAAUGAAAUGAUCAGUUAAGAUUGAUUUUAUUAGAAAAUCUGUCAAUUCUGCCAAGCCUUAAUAAGUGGUUGGUACCUGCUUCAAUGCCUGUAGACAUGGGGCUAUUUUUCCUUACAGUAGGAUUUUAAAUAAAUAUAGGCAUAACUAAACAGGUCUCCUGUUUAUGGGUUUUUGGAUAACACUACAUUUUGUGGAAGCUUUUGUAGACCUACAUUUCUUCUCUUACAAAGCCUUACUUAUUAUAUAUAAACCUAUUUUUAUGUAUCCUAUCAGAUGGUUCAGACAUAUUUAUAGUAUUCCAAGAGCUGGUUUUCUCCAAGUAAACUGCUUUUGUGUAAUUCUAAUUUUUUCUUUUCCCCUCUCAGUGUCAACCUUUCAUGAUGCCAUCAUAGACUAAAGCUUCAAGUGCUGUCAUUGAAUACUAAAUGUCUGUGUGGGUAUGAUCUCAGUCAGGCAUUGUUACUGAGUAUAAGAGAAAAUAUUACAUGAAUCCGUGUUGUGCUAUAUGCUGUUGGCAGAUCUGUGAAUCUGAAUGGUUCUGUGUAUGUUCUUUUAUCGCACAUUUGGAUUUUAAGUGGCAAGCAAGACAUCAGAUGCAGAUGUAUGCAGCUGUUUUUAUUGUGUGAAGAGUGCAGCCUAUACAGUUAUACUUGUAUUAUGACUGUUUCUUCAUUGCUGGAUUGUAUGUGGGUGUACAUGAAUAUAUGCUAGGGUAACUGAGAAAGCCAACUGUUUAUAUAAGAUGAACUUCUGCUUACUCUGCUGAGUUAUCUUUCUGUGUAAUGGCAUUUCUUUGCAAUUUUCUCAAUGAGAAACCCAUAAACAGUGGAACCCUGCACAGAAAAAUAACUCCCAGUUGAAGAGGUGGUAAAAAAAAAAACUUGUGAUAGAUGUUGAGACCAGCUGUUUGUGGAUGUUAAAUUGUUGAAGAGUUUAUCAUGACAAGAUGUAAAAUGCACUGCUUUCUGUAACUAGCUAACACUGAACGUCUGCUGCAUUCUCUUCACACUUUUUUUUUCCAGUUCAAAUGGCAUUGUUAGUUCUGUAAUUGAAGUUUGUUCAGUCACUGUGAUGGAUUAAAGUAGUUGAAUGUUUCUUCUGUUCUUCAAACAGGUGGUACAAGUGUCUUGUCCUUGUGCUAGUUGUGGCGUUUGCUUGCAGUAGUAUGCUGUCUCUGAGACAAAGACCCUUUAGCCUGCAGGGGCAGCAUAUUAGGCUGCAAUAUCGUCAACCAUGGUUCUGUAAUUCAGCAACCACUGUUUUUGUUAUGUAAUUAAUAGCUUUCAAAUUGAGGCAAAUGUGAACAUACCAUAUUGCUUUAUUUUAAUGUUAAUUAAAUAAGUUUGGAAAAAAAA